AUGUCUGAGGGGGUCCGAGGGGGAGGAAGGAAGGGCUAUUUUGAAGGUAAGGAAGGAGGGAAGGGCGGGGGAGUGGGGGCAAGGUUUGGCGUUAGGGGUGGUAGAGGAAGGCGUGUUGCUGGAGUUGAUAGGCUGAGGGUUGGCGAGAGGCGUAAGAAUGGAGUUCGCAUCUUAGUGGAUGAAGAGCUUAGAGGGCAGGUAGUGGACGUUAAGAGGAUCAACGAUAGGUUGAUGACUGUUAAGUUGGUUAUUGGGCGGUUUACCCUGAAUGUGUGUAGUGUUUAUGCACCGAAGGUAGGCUUCGAUGGGGUGGAGAAGUUGCGGUUUUGGGAGGCUUUGGAUGAGGUGGUGAGAGGAGUGCCUAGUUCUGAGAAGAUUGUUGUAGCGGAGGACUUCAAUGGGCACAUUGGGUCAUUACUGGGAGGCUUUAAUGAUAUGCAUGGUGGUUUUAGUUUCGGAGAGAAGAAUGACGAGGGAGCUGCUCUAUUGGAUUUUGCGAGGUCUUUUGGGUUGGUAGUGGUGAAUUCGAGCUUUCCGAAAAAGGACGAUCACCUGAUUACCUUCCGAAGCACGAUUGCCAAGAUCUAA